AUGUUCAACAUCAAGUCCGCUGCUACUGCUUUCCUGCUGGCCUCCUGCCUCCCGACCGCUUUGGCAAAGGACGAGUGCAGGGCCGUUGGCUGGCAGUCCCAGACAACCGUCAAAGGUUCAACCCCAAACGAUGAAGGCGUUACGCUCUUCAGAGGUGACAAGAAAAUCGGCGAGGCCAAACAAGACAGACACUGGCCGGGCGUUUGCACCGACUUGAUGAAAAUUGAAGGCGAUGGACUUGAAGACACAUUUGCCUGGGCUUCGAGCUGCGAUAUCAAUCACUUUACGUAUGGAAAUUCCUUCACACCCUUUGAAUACAGUAUUGAAUGA